AUGUCCGGAGAAGCGAAAAUAUUACAACCGGGAACAGUGAUAAAGCCUAUAAUAGAUCAGGAUGGGGUCAAACUUCUGGUUGAGAGGCUCUACGGCAUCUCUGUGCUGGAACUAAUCGAACUGAACGGUUACGAUGACAAAAACUACAAAAUCGUAGAAGACCCCAACGUGAAGAAUCCACUCAUCACCAACCAUUCUUCUCACGGGUAUGUCCUGAAGAUUAUGAACUCUAUGGACUCUCAAAAUGUCAGCUUGGUGGAAGCGCAAAAUGAGAUUAUGAAUUUCCUGUUGACCCGUUCCGUAACCUGUCCAAAGCCAAUUCGUAAUGUUUUUGGCCACCUGCACUCCAUAGAAAACAUUGGUGGGAAGCACCAUGCUGUUCGUCUUCUGGAAUACGUCCCUGGAGAACUUUUGAAGGACGUCCCGAAGUCUGAAGCUCUGUUCUAUCAGCUAGGAGAGUUUGUCGCCAAUUUGGAUAAUAAGCUACAGAACUUCAACCACUCAGGACUGGUUUCUCGCGAACACAUCUGGAUGCUGACCAAGGUUCCAGAAUUAGAGAAAUUCAAGUAUGUCAUUAAGGAUGCGGAAAAAUUGGACUUGGUUGAAGAGGUUAUCGAAGAGUUCAAAUAUGCCAUAGUCCCCCGCCUAGAUGAGCUGGAAAAGGGAGUUAUUCACGGCGAUGUAAACGAGAUGAAUGUUUUGGUUACACCUAAGACGCCUGGCAGUAAAACGGAUUAUCGUGUUUCCGGUAUUAUCGACUUCGGUGACAUCCAAAAUUCGUACUAUGUUUUCGAGCUGGCCAUCACUAUGACUUAUAUGAUGCUGCUGACUGGAGACCCUCGCACCGGAGGCUUCGUGUUAGCAGGAUACACCGUCAACAGGCGGUUACCUGACGAUGAAUACAGACUACUGAAGACGCUGAUCUCAGCCCGUCUCGUGCAGAGUCUGACCCUCGGGGCUUACUCCAUAGCGCAGGACCCCAAGAAUAACUACGUCGUAUCCACAGAGAAAGCAGAUGGAUGGGGCUUGCUUAAAAAGUUGAGGAAAUCGAAGCCCGACCCUGAUGAUGACCCGACCGACUGGAAAGCGAUUGCCAAGGAGUAUUUGACAAGAAGUUAA